CCGCCCUCUCCGCUCGGCUCGGUCACUUCAUCCAUCGCUGACGAGACGACACAGCUCUUGAGCACAGCCUGGGCCAACUCUGAACCAAACAGUCAAACACGACACGACGUUGACAUUAAACUGUUGUCCACCACACCACGGUAGCCUCUAUUGUUUCCAUUUUGCCGGUUGCCCUGAAUCCGUAUUGCUGCACAUUUCUAGAUCUACCAGAAGGUGAUAAGGAGUGCAUAGAUAGACUAAGCGUAGUAGCCUAGCAGUUGACAGAUUUGCAGACUCGGCGUUGACUUUGCGACAGUAGGGCAUUCGCCGGCAGAUUCAUAUUUUAUUGACCAUAUUUAGUUUCAAGUUGCAACAUGGUUCAGGGUCGUGUCCUUGUGUACGGCGGCAGAGGUGCGCUUGGUUCAACAGUCGUCAGCCUUUUGAAGUCAAAGGAUUUUUGGGUGGGAUCAAUUGACCUGGCUGUCAAUGAACAAGCAGAUGCCAAUGUGAUCGUGAAGCCAGAAAUGAGCUUGCCUGAACAAGAAGCCGACAUCAACAGCAAAGUUGGAGGCCUCCUCGGGGAAAACAAGGUGGAGGCCAUCUUUUGUGUUGCUGGUGGUUGGGCAGGCGGCAAUGCAGAAAAAAUAGUAGAUGCUGCUGAUUCCAUGUGGAAGCAAUCCGUCUUUCCGUCUGUGAUCACUGCCAGUAUCGGGGCCAAGUAUCUGCGGGAAGGAGGCUUGAUUACCCUGCCUGGUGCCCAGGCUGCCCUGAAAGGCACACCAGGAAUGAUGGGCUAUGGCAUGGCCAAAGCCGCCGUCCACCAGUUGGUGCAGAGUCUGAGUGGGGAGAACAGCGGUCUGCCGGCCGGCUCUACCGUGGUGGCCACCUUGCCAGUAACAUUGGACACUCCCAUGAACAGAAAGUUUAUGUCCUCUGCUGACUUCUCUACUUGGACAACUUUAGACUUUAUUGCAGAGCUGUUCCUCAAAUGGCUGAACGGAGAUUCCCGUCCCGAUUCUGGCAGUCUGGUCCAGUUCAUCACCAAGGACAACAAGACGGAGCUGGUCAUGGCUUGAACAAACGUGCGCGGUGACAUGAGUUGACGAGCUGGUCAUGGCGUGAACAAACGUGCGCGGUGACAUGAGUUGACGAGCUGGUCAUGGCGUGAACAAACGUGCGCGGUGACAUGAGUUGACGAGCUGGUCAUAACGUGAACAAACGUGCACAAUGGAAUGAGUUGACCAGUUGGUAGCCUUUUGAGUAGAAAACAAUACCUUUGACUGUAUGGCUGUAUGUGUUUUAUUUGCUACAUGGUACUUUUAGCUUUUGAUGAGAGUUUGUAUUUACCUAGUUGGUCACAAUGCUACAUGGUUUUUCAUGAUCCUGCCCAAUUCACUUUUUGAGAGGAGGGAAAAUAAGAGUCGUAUAAACAAAUUGUUUAAAUUUAAGAAAAACCAUUUUUCUGCGUUAAAUCCUCUUUCUUGCUGUUAAAUAAUUUUAUUGGAGCAUGCAAAAGAGUGUUUAGGACUAUCGUAUUUCUGAAGACAUAUUAUUGUUUGUUAUGAAUAUGCAUGACCAGAAGAAUAUUACUACCCCCUACCUCUGUGGUGUGCCAGAAACGUGUCUUUAGACACUGGAAAAGUUUGAUCAGCCGUCGAAUUUGGCUCUAGUACAUGACAUGUUCAAUCAAAAUUUUAUUCACUUCUCGGUUAGCUUUACAGUUUCCUUAUAUUUAUUUUUUUAAUUGUUGAAUGGUUUUGGUUUGUUUUACGAAAGUGUUACAAAUGUGUUCUAUGUGUGUGUUCUGUUUCAACCGGAAUGUGAACGUUCCUGGCAUUUAUCGAGUGUGAACAUGACACAGGGUGUCCAGAAAAGAACUGCCCGUGGAAACUGCUGACUAUUUUCGACCAGUCGUCGCCUCAGAAAGAUGUCCUAAGUGUAGUUAAGUAAAGAGGCACUUUGGAUAAAUUUUCUGAGUGAGGAGACGCAAUGUAGACUGAUUUUGAAAGUAUAUUAAUUGUUUAAAUUGAAAUGAGGAAAAAAAAAAACUGUAAAAUCAUAUACACAGUGGAUUCUUUCUCAGCUUUGGAACAGCCAAGAACUCCAUGAAAAAUAUGUUUUCCUUGGAGGUGUGCCAAUUGUUAAGGUUUCAUUUCAACGUCCUUUUUGGCUCAAAGCAUAUAAUUGAUUGUGCUUUUUUUUAUGAAGAAAAAAUUCCUCUGGUCCAGGCUUUUGUGCACACCCUGUUUACGUGUGUUUUUCUGUGUGCUUAUACUUUGUUAUUUUAUGUUGAUAUAAUUUGUAGUCCAUAUAUAUAAAAGCUGACUAGCCGACUGUGAAUGUUCUUAGAAAAAAAUUGUGAUUUAGAAUUGAAGGCUCCCUCUUUAUUUUUGGGCGUUGUCUUUCCUUAAAUACAUUCCAGUUGUCCCGAUGUCAGAGAUUGUGUUCUCUAUUGCUCUCCAACAGUGUCAAAAUGAUCAAUAGACAAAUGGAAAUGGUUGUGAUAUGUUUGGUUGAUAGGUUCAAUAUUUUAUGAAUGUUCAUGACAGCACAUAUCAGUUUGUUUUGUCUUACCAUGACAGUUUGCCAGUUUACAGUACAUAUAUAUUAUAUACUGUUUGUGUAUAUAUAUAUAUAUACAUAUACACACAGUAUAUAUAUAUGAUACAGUAUAUAUCACAGAGUUUGCUUGUUCUUUGUCAAGAACUUUGUCAUUAAUGAUUUUCAGAAUAUGAGAGUGAUUCAUUUUGCCUUUCAUCUAUGCAAAGGACAGUGUGAGGAGAUUUUCUCGAGUCUUUUAUUGGAAACGACUAGAAAAAGCUGAAGGUGCUGACAGCUUUGCUAAGACAUCUUGAUUUAAUUCGUUUUUUUGGGUUUUUUAAAUUCAAUGACUUGACAGGGUUGGUUUUUUAUACAAUGCUCACUUCCUUUGAAGUAAGACAUGUUCGAUUUUUUGCCCAUGUUUCUUUUAGACAUAUAUAUAUAUAUAUAUAUAAUUUAAAUGAUGUUCCAUGUUAAAUAUAGGUAGCGAGUUGUCUCAAAAGAAUUGUCAAUCAAGUUAUAUGGAUACUCUUAUAACGGAUGUUAUAUGUUUAGAUUGGACAUUGAUGUAAUGGAUGUGUGUUGAUAUAUAUAUUUUUUUAGCUUGUUCAAGAAGUAGUGUAUCUCCACGGUAGUGGUUUUGUUACGAUAAUUUCAAAUGCAUUUACUCCAUACAGAGAUUUUUCUUUGGUUUGCCAACGAGAUUUUUGUUUUGUUAACACCUGGAGCAGCUAUUUUUUCCCCAGCAUUAUGACACCCUAUGUACUUUCUUUAUGCCAAUAUUAGCGAGAGAUUUGUUUAUCGAAUCCCAGUCUGUUUUCGUUCAUCCGUGCAAUCAUUGGCACGAUUCGCUGUUGUGCCAUUGCAAUAUAAAAUGCUAAUCUUAUAUGUUAUUUCUAAUUCCAUUCUUUCUCUAGAUGCUUCACUCUAACCUUCAUAUAUAGCCAGAAUAUAUCUCAGUUAAAUGGAAAAAAAUAUCUGCAGUGUCUAGUCAGGUCAUCUGUUGUGAUGUUUUAAAAAAAUGUUCAGUCAUCGAACACAGUAGCACAAAAAUGUUCAUUGAAUGAAUGAGAUUCUCCACACGAAUUGUGAUUUUUAUGUCUGUUGGAAGUGAAGAGUUCAUGACAAUUUCAUUUACUCGCUUGAUCUGUCAGACUGAAUCUCACCCCCCCCCCCCCCCCCCCCCCUUUGGCCUCCCAAAAAACAAAAGAACUCCACAAGUUUUGACCUUUUAUUAUGUUUUGUUAUUGUUCCCAUGUCCUCUGUUGUUACAAGCAAUAAAUCCAGAUUUGUCUUAUGAAAAACA